AUGCUCACGGUGUCCCUUCUGGACGCGCAACUCUCCCGCUGCCGCUCCGCGCGCCACCUCCUUGAAAUCCACGCGCAGUUCCUCGCGUCGGGCCUCCUCGCUGACGCCUACGCCGCCAGCCGCCUCCUCCUCUUCACCACCUCCGCGACCGCCGCGCGCCUCCUGCCGCAACCGCUCCACCACUCCCUCCAACUCUUCCGGCUCGUUUGCAGCCCCAAUGCCUUCACCUGCAACACUCUCCUCAGGGCGGCUCUGCGCCAGGGCUUUCCCCACCUCUGCUUCCCGCUCUACGCCUCCAUGCCCGCGGCGCCCGACACCUACACGCACCCGCUCCUCGCCGCCGCCUGCGCCGCCAGAGGGGACGCGAGGGAAGGCCGGCAGGUCCACUCCCACGCCGUCAAGCACGGGUUCGGCGACAACCUGUACCUCAGGAACGCGCUGAUGCACAUGUACUCCGCAUGCGGCUGCGUCGCGGGCGCGCGCAGGGUGUUCGACGCGGGACCCUUGUGGGACGCCGUUUCCUGGAACACGAUCCUCGUCACGUACGUGCGGGACGGGGAUGUCGAGCAGGCUGUCAGGGUGUUUGCGAGGAUGCCAGAGAGGAGCGCUGCGGCGGUGAGCUCGAUGGUGGCGUUGUUCGCGAGGAGAGGGAUGGUAGAGGAGGCGAGGGGGGUGUUUGACGGAGCGGAGCAUAGGGAUGCGUUCACGUGGACAGCUAUGAUCUCUUGCUUCGAGCGGAAUGAUCUGUUUGUGGAAGCGUUGGCUGUGUUUUCAGAUAUGCGUGAAGAGGGGUGGCCUGUAGACGAGGUAGUGAUGGUCAGUGUGGUCGCUGCUUGCGCUAAGUCAGAGGUGAUUCAGAACGGAGAGGUGUGCCAUGGGCUGGUUGUCAGAGCUGGCCUUGGUAGGCGGGUCAAUGUCCAGAAUGCGCUGAUCCACAUGUACUCAAGUUGUCUGGAUGUUGUUGCAGCACGGAGAUUGUUUGAUAGCGGUGAGAGUUUGGACCACUUCUCCUGGAACUCGAUGAUUUCUGGCUAUCUGAAGAAUGGUCGCAUCAAAGAUGCAAAAGCGUUAUUCGGUGUGAUGCCUGACAAGGACAACGUUUCCUGGAGUGCAAUGAUAGCUGGUUGUGUGCAAAAUAACCAGUCACCUGAGGCGCUCACUGUUUUUGACAACAUGAGAGCCCAUGAAAUCAAACCGGAUGAAGUUACGCUUAUUAGUGUAAUCUCUGCAUGCUGCACUAGAAGUCUUCGACAUGGUGGAAGAAAAGGGACACCUUGCUGGAAUGCUAUCAUUGUGGGACUGGCCAUGAAUGGCCUUGUUACAAGAUCCCUUGACAUGUUCUCUGAGAUGGAAACCUCUGGCACUGCUGUCCCCAAUGAGAUAACUUUCACUGGAGUUCUGAGUGCUUGCAGACAUGGUGGCUUAGUUGAGGAGGGCCGUCAAUUUUUCAAGUUGAUGCAGAACAAGUACAAGAUUAUACCAAACAUCAGACACUAUGGAUGUAUGAUUGAUCUCCUUGGACGUGCUGGGUAUGUCAGAGAGGCUGAGGACCUGAUUCAGAGCAUGCCCAUGUCACCUGAUGUUCCAGCAUGGGGUGCAUUGCUUGGUGCCUGUUGGAAGCACGGCGAUAGUGAGGUCGGGGAAAGGGUUGGCAAGAAGCUUGUCAAGCUGGAUCCUCAUCAUGAUGGGUUCCAAACUAUGUUAUCUAACAUAUAUGCUUCAGAGGGGAUGUGGCAGUGUGUAAAGGACCUAAGGGGUUCCAUGAAGCAACAUGUAGCAAAAGUUGCAGGCUGUAGUGUGGUUGAAUCAUCGCUUUCUUCAUGA